GUUGAAUAUAGCUUGGAGUCUCCGAUGCAUCUGGCAGUUAAACUCACUCAGACCACAUUGAGGACUGCUGUGAGAGGCACCGUAGAAAUUAAACCCAGAUUGUGAAGAGGACCUUCCAUUUAGCAGGCGUCAUGCGUGAAUGCAUCUCUGUCCACAUAGGCCAGGCUGGUGUCCAGAUGGGGAACACCUGUUGGGAGCUCUACUGUUACGAACACGACAUUCAGCCAGAUGGACAGAUGCCCGGCGAAAAGUCCAUCGGGGGCCAUGAUGACUCCUUCACCACCUUCUUCAGCGAGACCGGGGCUGGAAAAUAUGUCCCAAGGGCAGUCUUCGUUGACCUGGAACCCACGGUGGUUGAUGAAGUGCGUACGGGAAAAUAUCGCCAACUCUUUCACCCCGAGCAGCUGAUCUCAGGAAAAGAAGAUGCGGCAAACAACUAUGCCCGUGGACACUACACCAUCGGCAGAGAGAUAAUUGACUCUGUUCUCGACAGAAUCCGCAAAUUGUCUGACCAGUGCACUGGUCUUCAAGGCUUUUUGGUCUUCCACUCUUUUGGUGGAGGCACAGGCUCUGGUUUCACCUCCCUCCUCAUGGAGCGACUUUCUGUUGAUUACGGGAAGAAAUCCAAACUUGAGUUCGCAAUCUACCCAGCCCCUCAAGUCUCUACUGCAGUGGUGGAGCCCUACAAUUCCAUUCUGACCACUCACACCACCCUGGAGCACUCCGACUGUGCCUUCAUGGUGGACAAUGAAGCCAUCUAUGACAUCUGUCGCAGGAACCUCGACAUUGAACGUCCGUCUUACACCAACCUCAACCGCCUUAUCAGUCAGAUUGUGUCAUCGAUCACAGCCUCUCUUCGCUUUGACGGCGCCCUGAAUGUUGACCUGACGGAGUUCCAAACCAACUUGGUGCCCUACCCUCGUAUCCACUUCCCUCUGGCCACAUAUGCUCCUGUCAUUUCUGCUGAGAAGGCUUAUCACGAGCAGCUUUCUGUGGCCGAAAUCACCAAUGCUUGCUUUGAGCCGGCCAACCAGAUGGUCAAGUGUGAUCCACGUCAUGGUAAAUACAUGGCUUGCUGUCUGCUGUAUCGCGGUGAAGUAGUGCCCAAAGAUGUUAAUGUUGCCAUCGCUGCCAUCAAGACCAAACGCACCAUCCAGUUUGUGGAUUGGUGUCCCACUGGCUUCAAAGUGGGCAUCAAUUACCAACCUCCAACAGUGGUUCCUGGGGGAGAUCUUGCCAAGGUGCAGAGGGCUGUGUGCAUGCUGAGCAACACCACAGCCAUUGCUGAGGCCUGGGCCCGCCUGGACCACAAGUUUGAUCUCAUGUAUGCCAAGAGGGCCUUUGUGCAUUGGUAUGUGGGAGAAGGAAUGGAGGAAGGAGAGUUCUCAGAGGCCCGAGAGGAUAUGGCUGCCCUGGAGAAGGAUUAUGAAGAGGUCGGAAUUGACUCCUAUGACGAUGACGAGGAAGGAGAUGAAUACUAGACACAUUUGGCUAUUUAUUAAGUAGCAAAGUAUGAGUGUCAACAUCGAUUCAUUAUCGGGUCUGCUUUUUUUUCUACCCAUUAAAUAUCUCAAAAUAU